AACAAAUAUAAAUACUAUCCCUAAAAAGGUGUUUAUUUUGUUGUACUGUAGGAAAAAUGCUUUGCAAACUUUUGUUUGAUUUGGAGUAGCGUUCCUCAACUUUGUCCAUUUUUCUUUGCAUGUAACCUACUAAAAGGAGAGGAAAGAAAUUUCGGAAACUGAAGCUGUUACAAAUAUGGAUAUUAACAUAAAGAUAGAAGCAAAUAAUAUUGAAGAUGAAUAUGAUGAAUCCAAUAUAAUGCUUAACAAAAUAAAGGAAGAAGAAUCGGAGCUUAUAAUUGAAAGUGAUGUUCAAUGGUUGCCAAUAAAAUUAGAAGAUGAACAAAAUAAUUAUUAUGAAGAAUAUUGUCAGGAAUUUGGGGAAGAUACUAACUCCCAUGAUUAUAUUAAAAAUGAGUCCUCCAAUGAACAUUAUGCAAUUGAAUAUUUAGAUGAAAACGAAGAUUAUGAUGAAGAUAACGAGGGGAGGAAGACCAGGAGAAUGAGCAGGAUGAUUUUUAUGAUCCAAAUGAAGAUAUUGGUGAGGAUGAUACCGAUAAUGAGGAUGAAGAAGUUGAUGAAUCCGAUAAUGAGGGUAAUAUUAAUACAGAAUAUAAUUUGCAAUUGGAGCUAUACGCUGAAGAUAUGGAUAAAAAGCACAUCGUUUUAGAAGACAAUGGGUCUAAGACGAAUAUUUUAUUUCCAUUAAAAUAUUGGCUAUUUAAAACUUAUGUUCACCAUACCUGUCCAGAAUGUAAUGAACAAAUUGCGACCUAUAAAGAGCUGCGCGUACAUAUAGAACUAAAUCAUGGAGAUGCUAUUAAAAAAGUUCAAAAAGAUUAUUAUAAUAUGAAUAAGCAGACCGGUACGUGUAAGAAAUGCCAACGAGAAUAUCAUAAUGAUUUUAUCAUGUAUAAACAUACAUUUAGACACCGUGAAAAUACUGAAGAAUUGACGGAGAAAAAGUGCAAAAUAUGCAGUCAUAUAAUAACAAAACGUAUUAAAAUGCAUUUCGUAGAACUGCAUCCCGAAGUUGUGGAUGAGUUUAAUAAAUCGGGUUAUGCAAAAAAAUGCUUAAAGUGUCCAAUUUGUCAUAACACUUAUGCCAACAAUAAAUACGUAAAAUUUUGGCAUCAUUUCAUGUUCAAACAUCCCCAGGAAAAUCAGGAGAAAUUUCGUUACAAUUGCCAUCUAUGCUCACAUAAACGUUUUUCGGAUGAGGAAUUGUAUUUUCAACAUUUAAUGUUGCAACACGAAUUAAACUCCUGGAAUGUAUUGAAUUUUCGAAAAAUUUUUGAGGAUAAGGAAUACUUAGCAUGUUUAAAAUGUCACAGAGUGUAUCCCAAAAAUGAUACUCUAACAUUCCUAAAGCAUUAUCUAGAACAUGAAAGUUCAAGCUAUUGGUCAUGUAAAUUUUGUGGUAAAAAAAGUUGUUAUGGCCAUAAUGGGCACAUGUGCCCUAAAAUGAUGCAAUAUUAUGGCAGACGAUAUAAAGAUGUAAGAGAAAGUAACAGAGGAAAGAAUAUUAUCAAAAAUUUAGAGGAAUUUGAAGAGUAUAUUGCACAUGUCUGUCCAUUUUGUAAGGAAGAGUUUAAUAAAUUGCAUAAAUGGCAACAACAUCUAAGAAGUAUUCAUGCAAUUGAUACCCUUAAAGGUUUGGAAAUGAAGGUGGUAGCAACUGCAGACAACAAUAAGUUGCGUUGUGUCAUUUGCCAUACUAUGGUAGCAAAUAAUCCGGUACAAUUACAUGCUCAUCGUUUUCAACAUUUACCAUUUAAGCCCUACAAAUGCCGUCACUGUAAGCUAACAUUGGCGACAUUUAAAAUGGCCGUUAAUCAUGUGGUGAAACGUUGUAAUGAUGACGAAGAUAGAGAUUAUAUUAAGCAGGUUUUAAAACCAAAUAUAAUCAAUCCAGCUGAGGUAGAGAUACAAUGUUCCUUCUGUAACUACCAAAAAUUCACUGAUGCUAAUGAAGCUUUCACACAUUUCCAAGAUGAGCACAACAAUUUUAAGGAAUUCUUUUCCCUAGACUCUGGAGCGGAUAAUUUGAUGUCGUGUAUAGUUUGCCAAAAGAAAGUCUUACAAACCGACGCACAUGACCUAUUGAAACAUGUGUACACACAUUUUGAUCAAAAGAUCUUUAAAUGUCCCUUAUGUACAUUAUCCUAUUUUAAGCAUAGGACUUGUAUUGGUCAUAUGCAAAAGGUUCACUAUUUCAAACCUUUAAAUUUAGUGCGGUCAUUAAAAGAAAGAGAUGAACUUAGCCCAAAUAAAGAAGAUGUAACCGAAUAUCAGCCUACUGCAACAGCACCUCAAUUAGCUAAACCCAACCUCAAUUCUCAUGUACUCAAUGAGUUUGCUGAAUUUAUUAACUUUGCCUGUCCGGAGUGUAAUGAAGGUAUAUCCAACCAAAAGGACUGGCAUACACACAUUACCACUCAACAUGAUUUUUUCGAUGAAUCAAAUGUGAGCUUUAAAGAUUCUAAUGGUUCGCUGAAAUGUCUAACAUGUAAGCUAAAUUUGCCAACCGUUUUAACCCAACGCCUAAAACAUAAGUUGACACAUAUGCCCUACCGUUCAUUCAUAUGCAAUCUAUGCUAUGCUCGUUGCAAUUCUUUGGGUGUACUCUAUGGACAUUUUCGUAGAAAACACUUUGCCCAAGGCACAUUUAAGUGCUCCAUUUGUCCGGAAGUUUUAGCAACAUCACACCAAAGAACAGAACAUUUAAAGCAAACGCAUCCACCUAAUGAAUGGCCCGACCAUAUAUGUUUAAUAUGUUACAAAAUAUUAAGAAGUAAGUCUUCUUUAAAUAAGCAUAUGGAAACACACGAUGCUGAACGUGUGAAAUAUACUUGUGAUAUCUGCGGUUCCAAAUUAAUUGGCCGGAAAGAUUUUAAAAACCACGUGGAUAGACAUGAGGAAAGAGGUGAGAUCAAAAAGGAAAAUUGUGACAACGACAUUCCUUCACAAUUUGGAAGUGAUGAGUCUAAAAUAAUUAUAGCCGAUGUUAUGGACGUUAAGACAGAUUUGGAUAGUAUUGGUGUUGAAGCUAAAUAUAAAACGGUAAAUUUAAAUAAUGUUGAGCAAGUAAAACCAGAUUUGGAUAAUGUUGGUGGUAUUGAUCUUAAAUCCAAGAGCACAAAUGUUAAUAAAAGAAAAUCUCUUAGAAAUUCUUUGGCCGCAAAAAAGAAAAAAUGUGAUAUAGAAUAAAGAAUGUUCCAAUAUUGAGGAUUGUUAUGGAAAUGGUUUGCUUCACUUUAAUUUAGAAAGGACAUUUAUCUUUCAAAAUUAUUUAUUUAGCAUUUUAUAGUAUAAUGCAGCGGAAUGAAAUAAUAACUCUUUAAUAAACUAAUUAAAACUCAAA